AUGGGCGGCGGCGGGGAGGGGGCGGGGCCUCCGCCGCCGGGCCCGCCCCCCGAGGGCACCGAUUGGUCGGCUGCACCCGGGCGCGGGGGCGGGCGGCCCGGCCCGCGGCGGUCACGGGCGCCGCCGAAGGCUCUCGAAGCGAGGUGGGCUGACGUCCGGGGCUCGGGCUCCGGCUCCGGCUCCGGCUCCGGCUCCGGCUCCGUGCGCGCUCGGGCCCUCGCGGCGGCUCGCGGGGUUGCGUGUGGGAUCGGACCGGGACGCCUCGCCGCCAGCCGCGCCCCGGCCACGGGACGACGGGACGACGGGACGACGGGAGGGGGCGCUCCCGGCCCUGGAGGGGUGCAGGCUCCGGCGGGGAGAGGCUGCUGGGAGCGGACCGGGGUGCAAGUGCUUUAUUUUGAGACAGAGAAGUCCCAGCUCUCCUCACGAGGAGACGGAGGGAAACACCAAGACGUGGAAACUGUGAUGCGCCAGAGCCAUCCUCGUCCUGGGAGUGCAAGGAUGCAGGGUUUCCUCAUGAGUCAUUCUUGGCUGAGAAUUUACCAGAACACUUAAUAACUUGCAAAGUGGGGGAGGGAGGAGAAGAAGACGUGAAGGGUUUACUUGCAUAAUUUGGUGAUUGUUCAAAAAUCAUCUGUGCGAAGGCCGGCUUUAAGUGUUUUUGAGUGGGAAGGACAAACGGAGAAGGUCCACAGUCGAUGACCUCAACACAAUUCACUCCUUGAUUUCAGGUAUCAGAGCCGUACAGUGGAAUAUUCAGAUGGUUUCCCCAUCAAGCAUUUAAGUACAAAGUAAGACUCACAGCAAGGUAUUGAUUAGGCUACAGAUACUCUCCGAGCUUUGCAUUAGAACUGCCAAAAGGAAAUUGGAGCUAGUUUAACUUCGUGCCCUGAGCAGCCAGUAGUUGACAUGUAGGGUAAAAUCUGCAGUUACUACUAAAGAGAACAGACAUGUAGUUCAUUAUGGAAAGGAAAAAAAAAAAAAAAACAUUUGGAUUUCAGUAAUAAAUACUUCAAGAUGUGUUUGUGAAAUGUAAGAAUGCUGUUUUUCUCAUGCAUAUACUCUGUCUCUACAAGAACCUUGCAUAGUAUUUC